AGCAGUUCAUGCAGCUAGAAGUGGUCUGUUCUUAGGGUUAGCAGAGAAGGAAACCUGCUCCCCAUCUGAUAAGACGGUACAGGGGGGACGCGUGCCAUUUCUAAGGGGACACAGCUGAUCUCCAGAUAUGACCAUGUAUCUGUGGCUCAAACUCCUGGCCUUUGGCUUUGCCUUUCUGGACACUGAAGUGUUUGUCAGAGGGCAAGAGAACAACACUUCCUCCACUGAUGGACUGAACACAACAGAGAGGGCUCUUCCUCUGCCUAAGCGUGACCAUUUACCUGCUCCGACCACUCAACUCACACCCUCACGCAUCUCUGAAAGAGGAACUGACUCCUCAGAGAACACCCAUCUUUCAGGUUUUUCAUCCACGCCGCUGACUCACCUUUCCCCGCAGCCAGACACGCAGACGCCCUCUGUCAAAGGAGCUGACACCCAGACACUCAGCAACCAGGCUGACCUCACCACACUCAUGCCUGUUGCUGAAAGGCCUGCCUCACCAGGUGUGCCAGGGGAGAUGACUACAAUGGGGACAUUUCCUACAGACACAGCCCUUCCUAAAGAUACCCUUUACCUCGCACGCAACAGCUCUGCUGCCUUACCUACACACAUCUCCAACGUCAGCAUCACAGAUGUCUCCUCAGGUGACAACGUUACAUCCACUUCACCAACCACUCAGAACGUUUCAAACAGUGUCCUUGCAAACGUAACAACAGCUACCACUCCAUCCAAGCCAUCAUGUGAUGAAAAAUUUGGAAACAUUACUGUGAAGUACCACUAUAACAGUAGUAAUAAGUCUUUUGAGGCAGAGCUCACAGGGGAAAAGAACCCUAAAUGUGAAGCUGUGGAUUGUGAAAAGCUUGAAACUCUACGACAAUGCUCACAUGAAUAUUUCAAUGUGUCGAAUGGCUCAUGUAUUCCAAAUAAAAUGAUAGAAUUAGAUGUACCACCAGGGCCUGAGAAUUUUGUCCUGAAUAACUGCACAGAUCAAAUAUACGCUAAUACUACGCUUUGUUUGCGGUGGACUUUUAACAACACAUUUGGCUGUGACCGCAACAAAAUUUCAUACAGAUUUCAGUGUGAUAAAGGUGCUUCAAUAUAUGCUCCAAAAGAUUCUCAGGAAAUUGUGCUAAUUGGUCUCACACCCCAAACAAAUUACAAAUGUGAUGUAGAAAUCCUCUAUAAUAACUCCACGAUUUUCAGAGAAAAAACAACUUGGAUGACGGAUUUGGGGACUCCAGAGAAGCCCGAGAGAGUUUUUUGUGGGAAUGCAACUGAGAAUACAAUAUUAGUUACUUGGAGUUACCCCUCACGUUUAUUCCAUGGAUUUGUUUUAUGUUCCAAUAAGACCAAUUCAGAAACAUGUGAAAAUGUAACCAGGAAUAACAUCCAUUUUGAGCUAAAGCACCUGAGACCUUACACAUAUUAUGGAGUGUCCCUGUAUGCCUAUGUCAUUGGGAAAGUGCAACGCAAUGGGUGGGCUGAAUCAUGCUCCUUCCAGACGAGAGCAGCUCCGCCAAGCAAGGUCAAUGGAUUGAAAGCCAUCAGGAAAUCAGAAAAUUUUAUAAGUGUCACGUGUGAUCCUCCUAAUGAAAUUAAUGGCCCUGGAAAAUUUUACAUUUUGGAAGUCAAAAGUGGAGGUUCUUUAUUUAAAGAUUUCAACAGCACCACAUGCAAAUUCGAUGUAGAGAAUCUCUACUAUUCAACUGACUACACAUUUCUGGUCUCUUUUCACAAUGGAGUGUAUCAGGGAAAGGCAGUGGCUGAAAAUCAAUCAACAUCUUAUAAUGCUAGAGCACUGAUUAUAUUCCUGGUGUUUCUGAUUAUUGUGACAUCAAUAGCCCUGCUUGUUGUCCUGUAUAAAAUCUAUGACCUGCGUAAGAAAAGAUCCAGUAAUUUAGACGAACAACAGGAACUCGUCGAAAGGGAUGACGAAAAGCAGCUGAUGGAUGUGGAGCCAAUUCACGCUGACAUUUUGUUGGAAACAUAUAAAAGGAAGAUCGCUGAUGAGGGUAGACUUUUUCUGGCUGAAUUUCAGAGCAUUCCACGGGUAUUCAGCAAGUUUUCUAUCAAAGAUGCCCGAAAGCUCCACAACCAGAAUAAAAACCGUUACGUUGACAUCCUUCCCUAUGAUUACAACCGUGUUGAACUCUCUGAAAUAAAUGGAGAUGCAGGCUCCACUUACAUAAAUGCUAGCUACAUUGAUGGCUUCAAAGAACCAAGGAAAUACAUCGCUGCACAAGGACCCCGGGAUGAGACGCUUGAUGACUUCUGGAGGAUGAUCUGGGAACAAAAAGCCACAGUUAUCGUCAUGGUCACACGAUGUGAAGAAGGAAACCGGAACAAGUGUGCAGAAUACUGGCCAUGCAUGGAGGAAGGUACCCGGGAUUUCAGAGAUAUUGUUGUAAAGAUCAAUGAACACAAAAGAUGUCCCGAUUACAUCAUUCAGAAGCUGAGCAUCACAAAUAAAAAGGAGAAAACAACUGGAAGAGACGUGACUCAUAUCCAGUUUACCAGCUGGCCAGACCACGGGGUUCCCGAAGACCCCCACCUGCUCCUCAAACUCCGGCGGAGGGUUAAUGCUUUCAGCAACUUCUUCAGUGGCCCCAUUGUGGUGCACUGCAGUGCUGGUGUUGGGCGCACAGGCACCUACAUUGGAAUUGAUGCUAUGCUGGAAGGCUUGGAAGCAGAGGGCAAGGUGGAUGUCUAUGGUUAUGUCGUCAAGCUAAGGCGACAGAGGUGUCUGAUGGUACAAGUGGAGGCACAGUACAUCUUGAUCCAUCAGGCAUUAGUGGAAUACAAUCAGUUUGGGGAAACAGAAGUAAAUCUGUCUGAGUUACACUCAUGUUUACAGAACAUGAAGAAGAGAGAUCCACCCAGUGACCCCUCUCCUCUGGAGGCUGAAUUCCAGAGACUUCCCUCAUAUAGGAGUUGGAGGACACAGCACAUUGGAAAUCAAGAUGAAAAUAAAAAGAAAAACAGGAAUUCUAAUGUUGUUCCAUAUGACUUUAACAGAGUGACUCUUAAGCAUGAGCUGGAGAUGAGCAAAGAGAGUGAGCCUGACUCAGAGGCAUCUUCUGAUGAUGACAGUGACUCGGAGGAGACCAGCAAAUACAUCAAUGCCUCAUUCGUGAUGAGUUACUGGAAACCAGAAAUGAUGAUUGCUGCUCAGGGACCACUAAAAGAGACCGUUGGGGACUUCUGGCAGAUGAUAUUCCAGAGAAAGGUCAAGGUUAUUGUGAUGUUGACAGAGUUAGCCAGUGGAGACCAGGAAGUCUGCGCUCAGUACUGGGCAGAAGGAAAGCAGACUUACGGAGACAUGGAGGUGGUAACCAGGGACAGCAGCAAAUCCUCAGCCUACACUCUCCGUACCUUUGAGCUGAGACAUUCUAAGAGGAAGGAGCCCAGAACUGUGUACCAGUACCAGUGUACCAUGUGGAGUGGGGAAGAGCUUCCUGCAGAGCCCAAAGACCUGGUGUCUAUGAUUCAGAACCUGAAACAGAAGCUUCCCAAGAGCUGCCCCGAAGGGAUGAAGUAUCACAAGCACGCGCCGGUCCUCGUCCACUGCAGAGACGGGUCCCAGCAGACAGGGCUGUUUUGUGCUUUGUUCAAUCUCUUGGAAAGUGCAGAAACAGAAGAAGUAGUUGAUGUUUUUCAAGUGGUAAAAUCUCUACGCAAAGCCCGACCAGGGAUGGUGUCCACCUACGAGCAAUACCAGUUCCUCUACGACACGAUUGCCAGCGCCUACCCUGCCCAGAAUGGGCAAGUGAAGAGAGACAACAGCCAAGACAUAAUUGAAUUUCAUAACGAAGUGGACGGAGCCAAGCAGGGCGCUAACUGUGUCCAUCCGGCUGAUACCCUGAAUAAGAUUCAGGAAGACAGCAGAGCUGCGGGACCUGCUGAGCCCCCCAGUGGCACUGAGGAGCCAGAACUUUCUGCCAAUGGCCCUUCCAGCCCAGCCCUGACCCAGAGUUCAUAGGAGAGGGCUCGAGCGGGACAACUCAGACAUCUCAAAUUAGUUGUUUCUAUUUUUCUCGAACCAGUGGAAGAAAAUGGCUGUGCAACGUUCCGUGGGAACCUGUGUCCGUCCAGCCUUACCACUGCAGGGAAAUAUUUAAGUUUUGUCAAAAUGUUUUGUACAGUUUUAUGCUUAUUUUAAAAAUGUAUCUAUCAAUCAGCAAGAGUGUGUGUGUGUGCCUGUGUGUGUGUUUGUGAGUGAGUGUGCAUGGUGUGUGUAUGUGUGAGAGAGUAUGGGAGUGUGAGUGAAGGUGUGCGUGCAUGUGUGACAGGGUGAGUGACUCAGGGUGUGUGUGUGUGUGUGUGUGUGUGUGAUUUCAAGCCAUUCUAAACGCUCUUGAGAAGCAUUGCCUUUUUUUCCCCCCUGAAGAAACUAUACAUUUUAUAUCGAAACCAUUAAUUUGCUUGAAGGAUCCAUUUUUUUUUUUUAAUCACCAACUGAGUGUGGGCUCAGUUAUAAUAAUACCAUUGUGUGUAUUUCUGAAAUGACCUCAAGAUGUCCUCCUUGUCCUACUGAUGAUCUUGUAGUUUAGAAUGCUAUCUCUGGAGUUACAUACAUAAGAGUGCUGAGGGUGUGCAUAGCUGCUGCAGGAAGGUUAAUUAAAUUAACAUUUGAGAGUUUAUGCUCCACAUACUGUCAUUUCAUCAUUAUCUAUUAAUGCAUAUUUAAUCAAACAUAAAAAUCUCGAGAGAGCCUAAUUCUGUAUACACGUUAAGAAAUAGGACUUCGUAAAUGGGCUGUUGUCUACACAAUAAAUGAAAUUACUACUUGACACUUUCAAUCAUAUUUAUACAUGUUAUGACUGAACCUAAUACAUUGCCCUUAAGCAAAUGCAGUAUAUGCUAAAAACACAUAAAAUAAAAACAGGAGCAUGAAAAUUUGUUUGUGCUGAUCAUUUACAUGUGAGACCUCAUACAGGUAUCUUAUGAAAUUCAGUAUUCAUGAGAAACAUAAAAUUGAAUAUGCAUAUUUCCUAUGCUUAAAGCCAUCUUUGGCUUUCAUUACAGUGCAUUUAUUUUGAACUCUGUAAAUGUUUAGCUUACUCUUACCAAGAAACAACAUUGAUAACCACAAUAAAAUUUUCAACUAUUA